GUCAAGCCGACUGGGAGAGCGACGGCGCGGGUGAAAAGGCGUGAAAAAAAGCCGUGGCAGUGUGUAUCAAGGAUGGAUCACGACGCAGAACGGGUCAAGGAGCUGCGGCGGUGGCUGCACGCACACCCAGAGGUGUCGGGAAAGGAAGCGCGCACGGCCGCUCAUCUCGCCGAAUGGCUCGUCCAGCACGCGCCUCCCGAUCGCCUCGUGCGCGGCCUUGGCGGUGAGGGAUUGGCUGCCAUCUAUAACGAAGCGGCGCCAGCGCAUCAGGGUGUACUGAUUCGAGCCGAGCUCGACGCUCUGCCCAUCACCGAGACUUCUCACGUCCCCUGGAGCUCGCAACACGCGGGCGUGAUGCACGCGUGUGGCCACGAUGGCCACGCCAGCUGUCUCGCAGGUCUGGCCCUGCGCCUGCACGCAACUCGGCCCCAACGACGCGUUACUCUGCUGUUUCAGCCAAGUGAGGAGACUGGUCUCGGCGCCGCUGCCGUCGUAGCCGAUGCACGAUGGGCGGCUCUUGCGGCUCCUCGCAACUUUGCCAUUCACAAUUACCCAGGCCAUCCGCUGGCCCAGGUCGGCUGCCGGCCCGGAACCAUGGCAUGCGCAUCAACCGGCUUGUGCAUCACCCUUCGUGGCGCUACGGCCCAUGCCGCGAGUCCCGAGAGCGGGCGCUCCCCGGCUGCUGCUGUGGCCAAGCUCAUGGAGAAUCUCCCGCGCGCCGCGGCGAUCGGCGAGCCGCUAACCAUGACAACGCUGACGCAUGUUCGAGUCGGAGAGCCCACGUACGGCAUUGCCCCUGGUCACGCCGUUCUGCAAGUCACCUGUCGCUCAGAGCAGGAUUCUCUCCUCGAAGCAGAGGUGACGCGCGUGCGGAAUCUUGUGGCCGAACACGCGGCCGGAUUCGACAAUACCAUUGAGCUGGUAGAGCCAUUUGCAGCUACCGUCAACGACGAGCUGGCGGUGCAAAUGGUGGUCAAUGCCGCCAGUGCCGCCUCGCUGGCCUGCGUCAACCCAGCAGAACCCGCACGCUGGUCUGAAGACUUUGGCGUGCUGCUCAAUGAUGCACGCUCGCGCUAUGGGAGUGAGGCUUGCGGGGCCCUGUUGCUGCUAGGCUCGGGCGAGGCACAGCCUAGUCUGCACGAUUCAGCCUACAACUUCCCCGACUCUCUUCUGCAGCCGGGCAUCACAGUCUUUGAGCACCUCUGUCGAGCCUAAGCCACAUGGCCUGCUUGAACAAGCAGAGAUGCGAUGGGAUGGAUGUCAGGGCAUGGCGUGCUUGAUUGCCGCGUGGGUCACACGAGUGA